UCAACUUUCUUGGACUUUCGACUUUGUUGAUUUCGUGAUGUCAAUGUCAACAUGUCGUUGUCAGUCAACAUUUUAGGGUUAACAAGUGUCAAAAACAAAGUCUUAACAUAAUAUUAUCAAAUUAUUAAAGUUAACUUAAAAUAUAUCGUUCAAGAUGAAUGGAUUAACAUUAAGGAUAAGUGGAACAAACUCCAAAAAAAUGAAAGGAAAUUUAGCUUUUAAUCCUGUGGUUAUACCACCACAUUUAAUAAAUAAAAUAGUAGAUGGACACACAUUAUUUGAAAAAUUCAACCAGAGCAACAGUGUAGACGAACAGCUUCUCAUUUUGAGAGAAAACUUAAAUAAUCAUUGCAAUGAAAAAACUUUACAUUUUCUUGUUUUAAUUUUCCUUCAAACUGAAAUUAAGCAUCCGGUCAAAUGUUUUGUAGUAAGAUAUAUAACAAAGAAUGACCAUCUCCAAGAUCCAUUUUCAAAAGCUUUAGCCGAAGAGAUAUCAAAACACUUCUCGGUUGACAAUAUUGAGUAUAAAGUAUACAAUGACUUUAUACCAAAAUUAGCAAGCUGCAUUGAAAACUUCCCCUCAGGUGCUCAGGCUAUAAAACUGGUGGAAGCUAAACUUGCAGCAUAUUUGAUACAAUGCUUGAGCUGUUGUGUACAUACACUUAGUUCUAAGAAGACUUUAUCUCCGACAGAGAAAAAUGAAAUUUUUGAUCUAACUCACUUAACACUAAGAUUGUUGCUCCACAUUGUACAGAAAAUUGACAACAAAAAUUGUACUGAGUUGAUAUCUCAUUUUAAUGCAAUAAAAUUAAAUAUAAAAGAGUUGCUAUUUGACGAUGAUGUCCCAAUGGACUCAAAAUCAGUGUGUGGGAUACUAUUUUUGACUAUGUAUAUUUUGGAAAAUGGACUCAAUUCAUGGUGUGAGAUCCUCAAUCCAAAUGGCAACAACCAGGAGUUCUCAGAGCUAUUGUAUAAUGAUAGCGCACGGCUGAGCUUACACUCCGCGCUGGCCACUGUGAUCUCUGCGGAAGAUCUAUGUACCACUACCAUUAGGGACCAGCACGCGCUGUUGCUGCUCACUGAUAACAUCUUGGCUAUUGGAGAAAAAAUGAGUUCUGACUCAACAUUCACACUUGGUGUGACAAGGACAUUAGUUCAAAUAAGCAGGACACUAUUGAAGUGUCAGUCUCAGCUUGGUCUCAGACUAGUGGACAGUCUGCUGGUGUUUGUGUGGGCACAUCUGGAGCAUUACAUGGACAGUGUGCGACACCUCACCUCGCAGGUCUUGGGCCAUAUUGUCAAGUAUUGUACUCAUCUUAAAGAUAAGGGUGAGGAGAAAGCGUUAGACAAGUUAUUGACCGCUAUAUUGUCACUGGACAAGAGCCGCAAGAGUUACUACGUGAGUGUGAGAUGCCUGAGUGAGGAGCUGGGCGCGGGUCAUGUACUGAGCAGACUUCCAGCAGCACUCCGCGACCUCCUCGCAGCUCUGGACCUGCAAACUGUACAGGCCUGUGCGACAUCAGCACUAGAGAGUCUCCUGCAGAGACAUUCCCGCGAGUGCAGCAGCGCGGAGAUGUACCACAUCUGGGUACAGCCUGUACUGACACAUCUCACACACAACCACCUACACUCCUCCGUCCUCAAUAUCUUCGAGAACCUCCUCCUGCAGGCUGUCAAGUUAGAUCACAACAUAUUGGAUUAUCUAUUACCUCAUAUAAAAGAACUGCCGACUUCAAAUGAGAACGGUCGCGAAGAUCUAAAAUGUGUCUUAAUGCUAUUGAGUGUAGUUCGAAAAUCCAAUGCAGUUGGCAAAGUGAUGGAAAAGGAGGGGGAAUGGAAAGGUCUCAUUAGAUAUAACGUCCUCAAAAUGGCCGCUGUCAAUGCUGUCGAUGAGACUCGUAUCCUGACUCUAUCAUUAGUUGUGGAAUCUCCGAAGAGUACGGAGGCGUUCAGUGUUGAAGAGUUGUACCUGGUGUUGUGGUAUCUCAGGUACAACAUCAACGCGCAGGCACCCAACCUUCGGCAGCUCACACUCUCCCUCAUGAAAAAGUUCAUGAAACGUUUGGAAGAUAGUUAUAAAGUUCUGAUAAGACAAAAUGCAUCUAAUGUUGAUAGCAAUAAGAGCGAUUAUUACUUAACCUUCUUGGAAGACAUGAGAGAAUUCUGUUACAAAUGUUUGGUGACUGGAGCCAAUUACAGCCGGCGGUAUGUGGCGCUGCAGCUGCUGGACUGGACCGAGACCACUGGAUACGAGGGAUAUCACAGAACAUGGAAAUCGGAAUACAUAGACAAUUUAUUGCAAUGUCUAGAUGAUAGCUACGAGUCAAAUAAGGUGUUCACAUUGGAAAUACUACAGACCUGUCCGCAGGACUUGUUGGAGAGUCAGAGAAUCGCUGCGGGUAUGGACAUGGAGUCAAUCCUGCGUCAGACGUCCUCCAUGAAGCCCCCGGACUGCGUCUCCGCCGCGUACAAGCUCAGGCUGUUCGUGGCUCGCUUCCCUCACAUACUGCUGCAAGGAUACGAUACUGAUGUGCCGGAGUGCGUGCGGCAUGCUGCACUGCGCCGCUUGCUGCACGCGCUGGCGGGCGAGGUGCGCGCCUGCGAGCGCAGCGUGGUGCGCGCCGCAAGACACGCCCACAUGUACGGCGCGCUGCACUGCAUGCUGCACAUACUGCAGCAUGUCGACACAAGAGCCAUAUCGGAGUCGCAGCAGUGGUCGGUGCUGAUAGCGGAGAUAGUGCAGACGUGUUUCGAGGUGAACGCGGCGGUGGCCUGCGUCGUCAACAACUCCUCGCCCGAGGGUCAUCUGCCCAUGGACAUGACGGGACCUGUGCUCGGUGACACGGACAACUCGCAAAACUUGGAGUUGGAUGACGGGAGGCCGGUGACCGCGCAGAUGGUGCUGCUCUGCGCCUGGCGGUCCGUAAAGGAGGUGUCUCUGGUGCUGGGCUGCAUAGCGUCGCGGCUGAGCAUCGCGGGCGAGGAGCAGGAACAUGGUACUCUGACGCAGCGUCAGGUGGUGGCCAUGGGGGAGCACUUCACCAAGCUGCUGGCGGAGACCAAACACCGCGGAGCCUUCGAGCAGGCCUACGUCGGCUUCACGCAUCUAUUGGCCCGGCUGUGGAGAUGUCGCGGCGGGAUGCUGCACGCGCUGCCGGGCGGCUGGCUGCGGGACCUGAUGGCCACGCUGGCCAGCGAGGCGGGCGGGGGCUCGCUGUGCGCCACACGCCGCUCCGCAGGCCUGCCCUUCAUGAUACAGGCGCUAGUGACAACCGAGCUGCAAGUCAGCGACAAACCUAAGUGUUUCCAUGAGUGCGUGAUGACGUUAAUGCGGCUUUGCGAUGGGCGCGGUGGAGGUGGGGGAGGGGCGGUGCUGCGCGCGCACUGCUGCAACGUGCUGCGCGCGCUCGUGCGCUGCUCCGCGCUGCAGCAGGCAGUCGCGCCGUACGUGGGGGACGCGCUGCUGCUAGCGCUCAAAGGCUUCGAUGGUCCCACAUGGGAGGAGCGCAAUUCGUCCACCUUGCUGCUGAGCGCGCUGGUGGUGCGCGUGUUCGGCGUGGCGCGGGGGGCGGACGCGGGGGGUGCGGGGGGCGGUGUGGGGGGUGGUGUGGGGGGUGCGGGGGGCGAGGUGCACGCACGCAACCGGAUGACGGGCCGCACGUUCUUCCUGCGUUACCCGCAGCUGUACGACUUCAUGCUGGAGAAACUAAAAGAAGUCAAUGAAAGUGAGGAAUGUCAACUGCUGAAGCCGUCUUUAUUUCCGAUCCUGCUGCUGCUGGCCAGGCUGUACCCCUCCGCGCUGGAGGGCACCGUCUCCAACCUCAAGUUGUCGAGGUUCAUGUCAGUGGUGUGUGAGUGCGGUCGCAGCGCAGUGCUGAAGACGCGCCAGCUCGCAGCACAAGCACUGCUGCCGCUCGUCUCACCCACCAUGUACAUUCCACAUAUAGAAGAAAUAUUAACUUUAUUAAGCGAUCAAAAUAUCAAAAGGAAUUUCUGUCACGGUAUACUUUUGCAGGUGACAAAGCUGUUAAACAACAGACCUGACAACUUGUCAGUGGACGACACGGCGACAGCUCGGCUGCAGGACAAGAUCCAGCAGAGCUGCUGGAUCCUGCAGCAGGGCGCUGGACCUCAGCCCUGCUACCUCAUAGCUGAAGAGUACAACAAUAUGAUCAACCUCAUUGUUUGGAAAUUCCCGUCACUUAUUGAUACGACUAUGAUUAACAAAAUAACUCACUAUCUAGACAUUAUCCUAAGUAAAAGCAAAGAUCUAACAGCCGCUCUGUCCGGGAGAGAUUUGUGUCUAGCGAGUGCCGCAAACUUGUCCUACGUUUUAAUUAAUAAAUACGGACAAACUGACGAGCUUAAAAAACUUAUAUAUAAAUUCCUAUUACAUGAUAGUUACGAAGUUACAUUAACGGCUUUAAACUAUCUUCUAAUUUUACAUAAAGAUUUUGAAAUCGAAAACUCGUUUCAGGAGCAUUUGAAUAUUUUAACAAAAGAUAAAAACUUAUUAAUCGAAUUAAGUAAAGAUAACAAUUAUUCCAAAACAUUGUACAAAGUUUUAAUAACAACGAAAUAUUUGGAAUGCAAACAGAAAUGUCUGAAACUGCUGUCUUUGGAGGAGAAUACAUACAAGUAUAUUAUACAAGGUGACGUCAGAGAGAUAGGUGAUGACGUCAGUGAACUAGAUGAUGACGUCAUAGUGCGCGAGCUGACGCGGCUCGUGGACACACAGCAUGAGAACAUGACUCACAUCUACCUCUACAGUCUUACCACAUUUCUAACUGAUAAAAUAAAGGAGCCACAAGUGAAUGGAGACCUUAUUCUCAAUAGUGUAAGGACGAUAUUCGAUUGCAGCUCAUCUCGCAACAGUUUCAGCACUAGGAGUGUUGUCGCAAACUUCUUAGAGAACAAUUUUAAGUCAUUGAUCGAUUUAGAAUUAAUGGAUUUGAGCGAAGAAGACAAAUUUGAGGUGGAGGCGAGCUUGUGGGCGAGUCUGGUCCUGAUCCUGGAGGACGACGAGGAGGCAGUGCGGCGUGCGGGCGCGCGCACUGUGGGGGGCGUGGCCAGUGGCGCUGGGGGCGUGGCCAGUGGCGCUGGGGGCGAGGAGCUGCGCGCGCUGGUGUCGCGGCGGGCGCACGGCGCGGCGCUGCUGUGUGUGCUGGCGCUGCUGGACUUUAACUGUGAAGUCUGCUUGCCUGACUACACGCUAGACGAGGUUCGCGUGUUCGAGCAGAACGAGAAGUACAAUGUGUUCUUAGAGGAGACGAUGUGGUCUAUAGCCUGCGGGGAGGCGUUGUGUGCGCUGGAGGGGGCGUGGCCGCAGGGGGCGUGGUCGCAGGGGGCGUGGUCAGCAGAUGUGUGUGAGGUUGCAGCGCGUCUCACACAGCAGCCACACUACGCGGGGACAUUCACUAAGCUCUGCGGUGUACAUCUCAAUGUCUUCCUACGUCUGACUGCUGGUGAAUGUAGAAGUAGUGAUGUUCCUAAAAUUGAUCUAUUUGUUAAGACUUUGAGAACGCUAUCUAAGGAAUAA